AUGCUAGUUCAUGUACCAGCACAACAACUUUGUAAUUCAGUUGGUUCUCCAUCAAUCUUUUUGCAUGGUUGGGACUUCUAUUUCUUUGAUACAUGUACACCUGGUAGUGCAUUUCAUUUACAAAGAAUGCUAGAAAUUGUUUCAUCACCUAAAAACCAAUUAAAAGAACCAUCUAAGAAUAUUCUCUGCGAUUUAAAUGUUCUUUUUGAUGAUUGUCUAUGGGAUUUUUGUUCACGAACUCAAAUAUUUCAUCCACAAUUAUCACAAGAAAUAUUCAGUGAUGAAAAUGCUUAUGAAUUCUAUCGAAAAGAAACAAGUAUAACAAAACGUGUUGAAUGUUUGAAAAACAUUCUUCAACGUUUGACUCAAAUACAAGAAUACAUCGUUAAUAUUUAUCAUGAACAAUUGUCAAGAAAGAAAAAUUCAUCACAAAAUUCUUACAAUAAAAUAUAUCAAAUCUCAAAAGAUAUUCUAUGUGGUAAACGUUUUCUUGGUUUGGUAGACUCUUUGCAACUUCAUAUUCGAACUUCAUUUACCAAUUUUGUUUCAAAUAUAUUGAAAUAUCUUGCCAAUGAUUAUGGUUUAGAAGCAUUAUCGAAACUAUCGACUAGCCAAACUAAUGUCGGAUCAAUUCUUCAUCUAAUCGAUUAUACAGGAUUUCCACUCGAUGAUGAUAGUAAUGGCAAAUCUCCAUCGCCAACUCAAGGAAUAUUUCAACUCAUUACACAUAAUGCAUUUAUUUUACAAACUCCACUCUACCAAUUAUUCCAUCAACGAAUCAAAACACACGCCGAUGCCAUCAAACGACAGUUAAUUGGCAUUCAAAAUAAAAUUAUCGGUUUCUGUUAUUCAAAUGAUUUAGUUCGAAUUUAUUGUAUGACUGUUGAAGGAAAAUUUGACAAUGACCCACUUCAAUCUAUUAAUGCUAUCAAUUUCAUUUCCAAUUGGUUGUUAUUAAAAGAUGAUAAUGAUCACUCUCUAUCAGAAACAACCUUUUGUGAAUUGGUGCUCCGCUUGACUCAAAUUUAUACAACAUUUGAAUAUGAACAAAAUGAUAUUUCAUCACUAUAUUCAGCUUGUCGAAUCAUUGAUACUUUCAGUGAAGAUCGAUUAUAUCUGAAUGAAUUAUGCAAGAAAGAAAAUUCAACUCGAUCGAAAAUACGUGAAGAAUUAUUUCGAUUUUUAUUUGAUCUAUUAUGGAUAAAAUUACUUAAAUUAUGUUCAAAUAGAGACGAAAAACAAAUUCAACAAUGGUCUUAUAUGUACACAUUUAUUUACAAAUAUUAUCCAUCAGGUGCACUUCUACGUAGUACAAAGCUUGCUGAUAUCGGAGAUCAAAUUGAAUUCAUGCGUUUAGCAUAUUUAAUUUUUCUAAAUGAAACUAUACUGAAUCCAACACGACUUGUAUCUCAGUUAUUAGAACAUCAACCUAAUGAGAAUAGACCAAGAAUAAUUAGUAAUAAAUCAUCUUAUCUCAAGAUUUUACCAGAUAUUAUUAAUAUUAUUCAUGAAUAUUUUGAAAAUAGAAAUGAAGAUAAACAUGUCGGAGAUGGUAUAUUGAUGAUUGAUUUUCAACAAUGGAUAAUAUCAAUAUUAAAAACAUCAAAACAACGAACCCAAGAUGAUAUCAAUAAUGUUUUCAUUUGUCUAGGUGAUUCAAGAUAACCUGAACGCUGCAUGAUUGGUUAUCCUCAACAAAAUAAUAAUACUGAUUUUAAUUAUCUCAAUAAUUUAUUUAGAUUAGAUUGUGAAGCAGCAGAUGAAUUAUGUAUUCGACAUUCACUUGUCAAUUUGAUGGCUAUGAUCAUAAAAGGAGGCAUGGAAAGUUUUCUUUGGACAUUCACAUUUGAACCAUUGUCAAUUGAGGGUACAUAUGGUUUCGGAUCUACACGCCAGUCCGCUGUUGAAAGAUUUUCUGUUCACUACGAUUGUGGCUGUAUCAUCACUGAGAAUGGUGAACUUGUUCAGUAUACAAACAAUGAACAAAGCUGCCAAUUAAAUGUUCCAGCAAUAUAUACCGUUUAUUUUUCAACAUUUGGUGCAAUGGCUUGGCAUCUACUAUUGUUCAAUGAAUCUGUUCAAAAUCUGCACGGUCCUAUUUUAUCACCAAGUGCUAUUGCAGAUAAUACACCUACUGGUCAAAUGGGUGGGAACAGUCUUCGUGCAAAAGUUUGCCAUUUUGUUCGUGCUCGUUUACUUUCAGUCUUCAAUUUCCUAGCGAUUCGUUCGAAUCAAGAUGAUGCUUGUAUUUUACUCAAUUGUUGUUUCGAGCGUAUGGCAUAUCUUACAGUGGAUCAAAGAAAUUCAUGGAUAAAACCCAUCUAUCGAGAUUUUGAAUCUAAGUUAAAUGCAGAAAAGAGUUAUCAAAAUGAAGUAUUUUAUCCCAUCUAUCAACAAUUGGUUGAGUAUAAAACAUAUGUUAAUCAAUUACAAUUACAAUCGCAAAUUCAAUUCGAUUUACAACGAUAUACUUCUCAGAUGCCAGUUACUAUUCAGACAAUACACUUCAAAACGGAAAUGUGUAAUCCAAAAAAUGCUCAUCUAUCUUUACGAGUCUUACAACGAUUUAUAGAUUCAACUGAAUUUCUCAGCAUGACGAAGCGUAUUUACGAACUUAGUCGAUUCUAUCUCUUGCUUCAUCAAACAUAUGCACAAUUAAUCGAACGUGAAAAGGUUUUGGAUAUUACAUUAAAAGAAUUACAUUCUCGAGCUAAAGAACAUUUGAGUAAUUUCACCUGUUGGCCUCGUCCAAAUGAGGCAAAAAAUCAUAUGGAUAUUAUUAUGAAAGGUAUUGAAGCAGUCAAUGCUUAUCAUACUUUUACAAAUGGUCUUAUACGACCAGGUCCUUGUGACGAAACUCAGCGUUUCACUGAAAUUUCGCUCUCAACACCACUACAUUAUUUGAUUACAAAUGAAAAUCCAGAUGAAGGAGAUAUUAUUAUGCGAAUACUCAGCAUUCUCGUCGAUUAUCACAAUAAUUUUUUGGAUUUAAUCGAACAAGAAUUCGACAGCGAUACAAUCAAUAAUAAUAACAAUACUAUAUUAAAAUUUUUAAUCAAAAAACUUCUUUCAAAAAGAAUAUCAAUUAUUCAAAUCGCACUCUACAAUACCGGCGUAAUUACUUUAAACGAUGCUGAUUGUUCAUGGAUCGACAAAAUUUCCUCUGCAAGUCUCAUACUUGGAAAAGAGUAUUUUCUAAAAUCAGACACACCAUUCAAUUUUGAUUUUGCUUAUGUUCAAUCAUAUAUAAUUCGAACAUAUCUCCUUCUAUGUCAUAUUAACUAUGAACAUAUCAUGCAAAAAUAUCAAUUUUAUGAACCACGAAAAAUUAUUCGUGCUAUGACACUAAAUAAUGAUGAUGAAUCAUUUGAUCUUGAUGAAAAUUAUUCUAUGCCUUUAGAACAUGAAUGUAAUCAUUUGAAUGAUAUGCUCAUUGAUAAACUUUAUCAUGGUUAUAAUCUAUUAAAACAAAUUGCAACAAUAAUCAAGGAAGAACAAAAUGAUUCAUCAUCACUAAGCGUAUAUGAAUUUAUUCGAUCAAUUCCAGAAAAUGGAUCUAUCAUGCAACAAUUGAUUCAAUAUCAAGUAAGAGAUUUCAAAUUAUGUCAUCUAAAUCAUAUUGGAAAAUUAUAUCGAGAUUUGAUAAGAAAUUUUGAGUAUUCUUUCAUGAAUAUUCCUGAUCUACUUCGAACUCCUAUCGAUGCUGAUUUGAGUAAUGAACUUCAACAAAUAUUUGAAAGAAAAUUAAUCAAUAUCAGUUACAAUGAGAAUAUCGAUGUUCUACAAUUACAUAUUCAGCAAAUCAAUCAAUUAUUAUACGAUUUAAAAUCAAUUGAAGAUAUUCUAUUACGACAAUCAACCGAAUCAUUAAGAUCGAUUAGUGAAACUAUGAGAAUAAAUAAUGAAAUUCUCAUGUUAAUACCAAAAGAAAUCAAAUGUGAAAAUUAUAUAUCUCUUAGCAUUUAUUUGAAUCAAGUUCAAUCGAUUUUACAAGAACAAAAAAUAAAUAUUGAAGAGAAAGCAGCACAUCUUUGGGAAGAAAAUUUUGAUUCAAACAGAAAUGAACAAGAUAUAAUCGAAAACAAUCGCUAUCAUCGUCAUUUACAUGGGAAUGAUAUAACCGAUUCUACAUAUUCGAAUAAUAUUUCUAAUAGUGAUGAGAGUGACAAUGAGGAUGACGUUGGUAAUGAAACUGUUUCACCUAAAUAUUCAUCACUCUUUCAAUUACACGUCAAUACGAUUCCAAUAACAUCAUAUCAACCAAUUUUAGACACAAAUCAUCAACAACCACAGAAAAUCGAGCCAAUGAAAAAGACCAUGUUGAUUUCUAUUCAAUUUCAUCUCGGAAUACAACAAUUCAGUUAUUCAACUAUGCCCGAUUGUACUUUAGGUUCUCUUAUGGAUCAUCUUAUUAAUGAUCAAAAUCUAAAAUUAACAUCACCUAAUCAUCGGUAUUAUCUCUAUGAUGAAACUCGACGAUAUAUUGACGGUGAAAACAUAAGAGAUUUACAUCGAAUGCAUAGAACCCUUCCAGUCGUCAUCCAUAUUCAAGAACCAGACGACAGUACUAUUCUAUAUGAACUUACAUUAACGUCAAACCAAGGUGAAAAGAAAACGGCUGUGUUUCAUCCAAUGACAGAAUGGCAACAGAUUGAAAUUUGGCGAAAAUUAGUUCUACCAGAAAUUGAAUUACCCUGCGUUUUUUGGAAUCGAUAUAAUGAAACAAUUGUUGAUGAACAUCAAUCACUUACAUCUUCAGAAACAACCGCAACAACAUUGGACGGCAUUGCUCUAGACCAAACUAUUCACGUUAUUCUCUCCUUUGGAACGGAUACUCAACAUAUUCUUACCUUGAAAUCUAUUACAAUUGAACAUUUAUUGAAAAAUCAACAUUUUCCAGAUUUGAAUUUGAAUAACUGUUGUCUAAUGGUCGGUGAUACCAAUAAUCAAAUACUCUCGAAAGAUGAUUAUCGAAAGCAAGUUGAUGCAUAUCCGUGUAAUCAUAGCGGAACAAUUCAUUUUCGAAUAUUAAUCCCGAUUAAAAUUCGAAAAAAUAAUGAUAAACAAGAUAUGAAAACCUAUCUCAAAAACAAUACUACAACUGUCGAACAACUUCUACAACAGACAGAUAUAUCUGAUAAUGAUAAUUUAUAUUUAACAUCAAAUGACACUCAAAGAAUUUUUCAAAACAAUGAAAAUCUUAUAAAUUUAAACACACAAAAUUUUAUUUUGCUUGAAGAAAAUGAAACGUGUGUUGUUUCAAUUGAAAAUGAAGCGAAUCAGUCGAUGACUGACAGGAAUGAUAAUGUAAAUGAAGCUGUUCAUCAGCGAUUUCGAACAUCAGCAACGAUUGGAGACAUUAUGAAAGAAAACAAUAUUGAUUAUUGCAAUCAACAACUUCUCCGCGAAAAUGAUUUUGUUCCGGCGGAAAGUACUCCAUUAUCGUGUUUUGAAUCCCCCAUACAUUUUCAAUUGGUUAAAAAAAUUUUACCGUCUGUUGUGACAAUCAUUAACAUUGAAGAUAAUAAUUAUUCAUUGACGUUUUUUUGUUCACCAUCGAUGAAUAUUGAACGAAUUUUAGAAAUCGCCUGUCAACUGUUUCGAAUAAGAAAGAAAUACUAUUGCUUGCAUUAUAGUGGAUCUAACGUAGGUGAAGGAAUCGUCCUAGAAGAUCUCGAUACAAUUGAUAAUAAGUUUGAAUUUCAACUAAUGUGUACGGCGACAAUCAAGUGCUUCAUAUCAUAUACAAAUCGAACAACAAUUUUACCUUGCAAUGAAGAAAUGCAAGUGUUAGAAAUUGUUGAGUAUGCAAUGGAAUCCUUACAUAUUGAAGAUAGAGAUAUCAAUUUGUACGAACUAUUUUUAAUAUAUAAUGAUAAUAGAUCACAAGUUGGAGGUGAUUUAACUAUAGAAGAUCUACUUUCAAUGUCGUAUGACGAAACAAGACCUACAGAAACACUGACAUUGAAAUUUGAAUUGGAGAAGAGACAAGAUUAA